AUGGCAGAGGUUAAAGUUCUUGGAGCAUCUCUGAGUCUUUUUUGCUGCAGAAUUGAAUGGGCACUGAAGCACAAAGUGAUAACCUAUGAGUACAUAGAAGAAGACUUGAGGAACAAGAGUACCCUGCUCCUCAAGUCAAACCCUGUCCAUAAGAAAAUCCCAGUGCUUCUGCACGGUGAUAAACCAGUUGCGGAGUCCCUUGUCAUCCUUGAGUAUAUAGAUGAAACAUGGAGGGAGAACCCUCUAUUGCCAGAUGAUCCUUUUGAAAAAGCAAUGGUGCGAUUUUGGGCAAAAUAUGUUGACGAGAAGUGUGUGAUCAGUGCAUGGACUGCUAGCCGUACUAAAGGCCAUGAACAAGAGAAGGCAAUAGAGUCAACACAAGAAUCACUCAAACUUCUGAAUAAGCUCAUUGAAGGGAAGAAAUUUUUUGGAGGAGAAACCAUCGGUUUCCUAGACUUGGUGGUAGGAUCUUUACCUAACUGGAUCAAAUUCAUAGAAGAAUUUGUUGGCAUAAAGCUAUUUGAUACAAAUGAUUUGUCAUUUCUUCAUGAAUGGGAACAGAGAUUCACUGAAAUUCCAAUGAUCAAAGAAAGUAUUCCAAUGAAGGAAGAUCUCCUCAAUUACUCCCGAGCUCAGCAGAAUGUCAAAUGA